CUUGUUGGUGCACCGAAUGCGCAGACUGCGUGUGUGGUUGCUGCGCAUGGUCCGGGGGCGGGUCUCGGGGGCGAGCAUCCGGCACCGGAGGUUGCCUUCCUGCGCGACCUGGUUUUGCGGCGGCAGCUCUGGGGGCACACGGAUGUCUGCCCCAUGCACGGUCCUGGAUGAACCACAAUGCCCCCGGCUCAGGGCUUGGCCCCCGAUGUUUGUGACCAGCACGUGGGAGCCCCGGCCGCGCACAAAGGUGCCAGCUUCUAUGCUGAGUUGCGGUGAUUAACGGUACUUAUUUGAAAAGACCCUAAAGAAAGGAACAGGAGCGGAGGGUUUCGUGGAAAUCAGGCCCAGGACAGGACGUGUAACUGAGUCAGACACACCGACUGCUCCAAAUGGCACCAAAAGUCGGGAUGCUGGAGUGUCCUGUGGUCCCAGGCGAGGCGGUCGGACCCACGAGUCCACCCGUCUGUUUCCUCGCAAUGGACGUCAGCCUGAGGACGUGGUGGGAACUUCCGUCCAGGAGCCACUGAGGAGCCUUAUGGGGAUGCUUUGGUCCCAGGGGAUGCCUGCCAGCAGGAAGAGCUGGUUGGUGUCCACAACGGUCCCUGCCUGAGCCCGUGGCGUCACCUGGGAUUGGAAAACCGUGGCCUACAAAUCCACAGGGGCUGCAUGAAGUCCUCCGAGGGCAGAAUGAACGUGUCCUUCCCUCACGCUGUUCUUGUGAGGAAGAAGAUGGCCCCGUAGUGUCCGAGGGGGUGACACACGUCUUCUCUCUUUUCGAGGGUCCCCCGCGGAUUUGAGGGUAAGCGUCUCUCCAGAUUGUUUCCGUGUGCUGUCAUCAGUUACAAACAUCGCUCCUCUCCCGUUGGAGGCUCCGCGUGUCCCCCGUUGGCCACGGGCGACUUCUCAGGCCGGUUCCCAGAGUCUGUUAAUCUCAGGUGCCUUGCUUCCAGCCACAGCGAUCUCUUCCCGUUUUCCCUCCAUCCGGCCCUGGAGGGAUGAUUCAUUUCUCCCCAGAAGCUCUGGUUCCUUUUCGUGGGAAAAUGCUUGACGUGUGGAUGCUGUUGCCCAGACGUGUACGGGGUGCGAGGGACCGAGCUCCCGACGGCCACUGAUGCCGUGAAGAUUCUGCACGGCCCUCCCUCACCUCCCCAAAUAUCCGGAACGAGCGCGUCUUUCAUGAAGCUCGUCUGUGGGACACAAGCAGGAACGUACAUUAACAAUUUUUUGAAAGAAGAAAAAGAAGUGACCAUGGACAGAUGGAUGGAUAAAGAAGAUGAAUGAGAUCUUGUCACUUGCACUGAGACGGGUGGAUCUGGGAGGUGUUACGCAAAGUGAAAUAAAUCCGUCAGAGAAAGAGUCUGGCCGGGGAUAAGUGCAACACAGGAACAUCUAAGCUGGUGCUUUGGUUGCAAAUUUGGUUUCCUUGUUCCGUCUGAUGGCGGAAAUUCUUACGGGCAUGGGCUUCUCGGCUACAGUGUAGGACGCAGUCAAAACUGACGUGGUUUUCAAGAACACCGGUGAGGUUGAAUCCGUUUUAUCUUACGUCUUCAUACAGUUAAUGUAGCACCUUCCUUAUGUUUAAGUUUUAUUUAUGUUUGUAGCAACUUUUCAAAGAAAGGGUUAUUUUAUGCUUUAAAAAAGGAAAGUUCAGGCAGCUUGGCAAAACCAUGGGGUUUUUUUUUGGCGGUGUGGAGUCAUGGAAAAAAACCUGAUUUGCCAAGCAGACAUGACCAUUCAUUGUCUAUGCCAAGAUGAAAGAGAAGGACACUUUGAGUGGGACUCUUGGGUCUUGGGGGUCAUCAUUACCAGCCACGGGCUUGGAGGACCACCAUCAGGGUCCCCAUUCUCUGGGCGUGAAUGUUGUUGAGGGUGCUGGUCUACUGCUUCCUGGAAAAAAUGCAAGACCAUGUAUGCACAUUCAGGACCAACUUUCCACAACUUGUUUCCCAGGUCACACAGCAUGCUGGGACCUAGCUUGUUCUGGCGAUCCAUGCCUGCACGGAAGGCUGCUAUCUGGACACGUGUCUACGUCGAGGCCAAGAUGGCUGUCUGGACGCGUCUGUAGGUUGAGGCCAACAUGGCUGUCUGGACACGUGUCUAUGUCGAGGCCAAGACAGCUGUCUGGAUGCGUCUGUAGGUCGAGGCCAAGAUGGCUGUCUGGACACGUGUCUAAGUUGAGGCCAAGAUGGCUAUCUGGACACGUCUGUAGGUUGAGGCCAAGACAGCUGUCUGGACGCGUCUGUAGGUUGAGGCCAACAUGGCUGUCUGGAUGCGUCUGUAGGUUGAGGCCAAGACGGCUGUCUGGACACGUCUGUAGGUUGAGGCCAAGACAGCUAUCUGGAUGUGUCUGUAGGUCGAGGCCAACAUGGCUGUCUGGACGCGUCUGUAGGUCGAGGCCAACAUGGCUGUCUGGACACGUGUCUACGUUGAGGCCAAGACAGCUGUCUGGACGCAUCUGUAGGUUGAGGCCAACAUGGCUGUCUGGACACGUGUCUAAGUUGAGGCCAAGAUGGCUGUCUGGGCGUGUCUGCAGGUUGAGGCCAAGACGGCUGUCUGGAUGCGUCUGCAGGUUGAGGCCAAGACGGCUGUCUGGACACGUCUGUAGGUUGAGGCCAAGACAGCUAUCUGGAUGUGUCUGUAGGUCGAGGCCAACAUGGCUGUCUGGACGCGUCUGUAGGUCGAGGCCAACAUGGCUGUCUGGACACGUGUCUACGUUGAGGCCAAGACAGCUGUCUGGACGCAUCUGUAGGUUGAGGCCAACAUGGCUGUCUGGACACGUGUCUAAGUUGAGGCCAGGACGGCUAUCUGGACGCGUCUGUAGGUUGAGGCCAAGACGGCUGUCUGGACACGUGUCUAAGUUGAGGCCAAGACGGCUAUCUGGACGCGUCUGUAGGUUGAGGCCAAGACGGCUGUCUGGACACGUGUCUAAGUUGAGGCCAAGACGGCUAUCUGGACGUGUCUGUAGGUUGAGGCCAAGAUGGCUGUCUGGACACGUGUCUAAGUUGAGGCCAAGACGGCUGUCUGGACAUGUGUCUACGUUGAGGCCAACGUGGCUAUCUAGACACAUGUCUAAGUUGAGGCCAAGAUGGCUAUCUGGACGCAUCUGUAGGUUGAGGCCAAGACAGCUGUCUGGACGCGUCUGUAGGUCGAGGCCAAGAUGGCUCUCUGGACGCAUCUGUAGGUCGAGGCCAACAUGGCUGUCUGGACACGUGUCUACGUCGAGGCCAAGAUGGCUGUCUGGACGCGUCUGUAGGUUGAGGCCAACAUGGCUGUCUGGACACGUGUCUAUGUCGAGGCCAAGACAGCUGUCUGGAUGCGUCUGUAGGUCGAGGCCAAGAUGGCUGUCUGGACACGUGUCUAAGUUGAGGCCAAGAUGGCUAUCUGGACACGUCUGUAGGUUGAGGCCAAGACAGCUGUCUGGACGCGUCUGUAGGUUGAGGCCAAGACGGCUGUCUGGACACGUCUGUAGGUUGAGGCCAAGACAGCUAUCUGGAUGUGUCUGUAGGUCGAGGCCAACAUGGCUGUCUGGACGCGUCUGUAGGUCGAGGCCAACAUGGCUGUCUGGACACGUGUCUACGUUGAGGCCAAGACAGCUGUCUGGACGCAUCUGUAGGUUGAGGCCAACAUGGCUGUCUGGACACGUGUCUAAGUUGAGGCCAAGAUGGCUGUCUGGGCGUGUCUGCAGGUUGAGGCCAAGACGGCUGUCUGGAUGCGUCUGCAGGUUGAGGCCAAGACGGCUGUCUGGACACGUCUGUAGGUUGAGGCCAAGACAGCUAUCUGGAUGUGUCUGUAGGUCGAGGCCAACAUGGCUGUCUGGACGCGUCUGUAGGUCGAGGCCAACAUGGCUGUCUGGACACGUGUCUACGUUGAGGCCAAGACAGCUGUCUGGACGCAUCUGUAGGUUGAGGCCAACAUGGCUGUCUGGACACGUGUCUAAGUUGAGGCCAGGACGGCUAUCUGGACGCGUCUGUAGGUUGAGGCCAAGACGGCUGUCUGGACACGUGUCUAAGUUGAGGCCAAGACGGCUAUCUGGACGCGUCUGUAGGUUGAGGCCAAGACGGCUGUCUGGACACGUGUCUAAGUUGAGGCCAAGACGGCUAUCUGGACGUGUCUGUAGGUUGAGGCCAAGAUGGCUGUCUGGACACGUGUCUAAGUUGAGGCCAAGACGGCUGUCUGGACAUGUGUCUACGUUGAGGCCAACGUGGCUAUCUAGACACAUGUCUAAGUUGAGGCCAAGAUGGCUAUCUGGACGCAUCUGUAGGUUGAGGCCAAGACAGCUGUCUGGACGCGUCUGUAGGUCGAGGCCAAGAUGGCUCUCUGGACGCAUCUGUAGGUCGAGGCCAACAUGGCUGUCUGGACACGUGUCUACGUCGAGGCCAAGAUGGCUGUCUGGACGCGUCUGUAGGUUGAGGCCAACAUGGCUGUCUGGACACGUGUCUAUGUCGAGGCCAAGACAGCUGUCUGGAUGCGUCUGUAGGUCGAGGCCAAGAUGGCUGUCUGGACACGUGUCUAAGUUGAGGCCAAGAUGGCUAUCUGGACACGUCUGUAGGUUGAGGCCAAGACAGCUGUCUGGACGCGUCUGUAGGUUGAGGCCAAGACGGCUGUCUGGACACGUCUGUAGGUUGAGGCCAAGACAGCUAUCUGGAUGUGUCUGUAGGUCGAGGCCAACAUGGCUGUCUGGACGCGUCUGUAGGUCGAGGCCAACAUGGCUGUCUGGACACGUGUCUACGUUGAGGCCAAGACAGCUGUCUGGACGCAUCUGUAGGUUGAGGCCAACAUGGCUGUCUGGACACGUGUCUAAGUUGAGGCCAGGACGGCUAUCUGGACGCGUCUGUAGGUUGAGGCCAAGACGGCUGUCUGGACACGUGUCUAAGUUGAGGCCAAGACGGCUAUCUGGACGCGUCUGUAGGUUGAGGCCAAGACGGCUGUCUGGACACGUGUAAGUUGAGGCCAAGACGGCUAUCUGGACGUGUCUGUAGGUUGAGGCCAAGAUGGCUGUCUGGACACGUGUCUAAGUUGAGGCCAAGACGGCUAUCUGGACGCGUCUGUAGGUUGAGGCCAACAUGGCUGUCUGGACACGUGUCUAAGUCGAGGCCAAGACGGCUAUCUGGACGCGUCUGUAGGUUGAGGCCAAGACAGCUGUCUGGACGCAUCUGUAGGUUGAGGCCAACAUGGCUGUCUGGACACAUGUCUACGUCGAGGCCAAGACAGCUGUCUGGACGCAUCUGUAGGUUGAGGCCAACAUGGCUGUCUGGACACGUGUCUACGUCGAGGCCAAGACAGCUGUCUGGACGCAUCUGUAGGUUGAGGUCAACAUGGCUGUCUGGACACGUGUCUACGUCGAGGCCAAGACAGCUGUCUGGACGCAUCUGUAGGUUGAGGCCAACAUGGCUGUCUGGACACGUGUCUAAGUUGAGGCCAAGAUAGCUGUCUGGAUGCAUCUGUAGGUUGAGGCCAAGACAGCUGUCUGGACCCAUCUGUAGGUUGAGGCCAAGAUGGCUAUCUGGACGCGUCCAUAGGUCGAGGCCAAGACAGCUGCCUGGACAUGUCCGUAGGUCGAGGCCAAGACGGCUCUCUGGACACGUCCGUCGGUUGAGGCCAAGAUGGCUGUCUGGACGCGUCUGUAAGUUGAGACCAACACAGCUAUCUGGAUGUGUCUCUGAGUUGAGGACAAGAUGAGGGUCUCCCUAGAUGCCAGUGGAGAGUUUCUAAUCCACAGCGGGUGGCAAAGAACCACACGGAGACCCGCCGACCCACCCC